CAGACUGUCUGAGGAGAGAGGGGGAAAGGAGACAGAAUGAAAGAAAGGAGAAAGCGAAGGAGAGAGAGCAGUAUAUUAUGAAAGACACCGAGUAGACUUAUCGUACCAACGCCUCUCUGUCUGCAGUCAGUCGAAGACGAAGAAAAAGAGGAAGGGGGGAAACCCGUUGUAGGGCGACCUCUGAGCGCAUCUUACGCCCUGCAUCUCACUAACACACACGCAGUGAAGACUUGUGUCACGGGACUAAAACGCCUGUGUAACUUGGAACACUGUGCCCGAGAGUUGCCGUGGGUGGAAAUGAACUCUGAAGGUGGGCUUCGUGUCGGCGCAUUCACCGUAAGAAUCGGCGCUUCUGCUCAUCACCAGUCCACAUGAGAAGUUUGACAGGAGCAGGUUGAAGGGAGUCUACCAGUGCUUCCGAUAGGCUGUUCACUUUGCAGGCUGCAGCUCGCGGUCGGAACUCGACCACUGCUCCACAGGACACUGAGGGUUGCAUGCCUCAGUGCCAAGAAAUUGCAAUACGUGGGAGACCUCUGCUAAGAAGAAAUACAUUUGUGGAGGAUGGAGGAGAGAACUGAGGAAGGACACACACAGGAGAACGGAGGCAGUGAUUGUGCAGCCAGACAGCCUCGCACCUCUCCCUGCACCAGUCUGAGGAUGUUUCUGGUGGCAUUGUCCUUUGCCUACUUCGCAAAGGCUCUGUCGGGGAGCUACAUGAAGAGCACAAUAACCCAGCUCGAGAGGCGCUUUGACAUCCCUAGUUACCUAAUAGGUGUCAUUGACGGGAGCUUCGAGAUAGGCAACUUGCUGGUGAUAGCUUUUGUCAGUUACUUUGGAGCCAAACUCCACAGGCCAAAGAUCAUUGCAGUGGGCUGUGUAUUGAUGUCCAUCGGCACCUUCAUCAUAGCUCUGCCUCAUUUCAUCAUUGGUCGCUAUGAGUUUGAGACAUCAGUGCGGUGGGUAGUGAACUCAACUCUUAACCCCUCUCCGUGUCGGCCAGACUCACUAGCAAACCUGACAGAAGACGGUACACUACCUCAAGUGCCAGCCUCAGGUUGUGAAGGCGAGUCCAACCUGUCCAUGUGGAUCUAUGUGCUCCUUGGAAAUGUUUUACGCGGGAUUGGAGAGACACCUGUUCAGCCUCUGGGAAUCUCGUAUAUAGAUGAUUUUGCCACUGAGGAGAAUGCUGCACUUUAUGUUGGUUGUGUGCAGACCAUUUCAGUGGUUGGCCCUGUGUUUGGUUAUCUAUUGGGCUCCCUUUGUGCCAAAAUCUAUGUGGACAUUGGAUUUGUAAAAAUGGAGACCAUCACCAUUACCCCAUCAGAUUCCCGCUGGGUGGGGGCCUGGUGGCUGGGUUACCUCAUAGCUGGGGUUAUCACCCUUCUUUCUGCUAUCCCAUUCUGGUUUCUGCCCCGCUCACUACCCGUGCCCAGGCCAGAGGUCCCAGAGAAGUGCACACCAGAGCAGACGAGUUUCAUCAAAGGCUCUCCCCUUCUGAAGCACAAGUACUCAGCAGAUGAACACACUAGCUUUAUAGAGAUGGCCAAAGACUUCAUUCCAACCCUGCGAACGCUGCUGGCACACCCAGUCUAUCUGGUCUACCUGUGCGUGACAAUCAUUCAGCUGAACUCUCUCAUCGGCAUGGUCACUUACAAGCCCAAAUACAUUGAGCAGCACUUCAGACAAUCAGCUUCAAAGGCCAACUUUCUGAUGGGUGUGAUAAAUAUCCCAGCUGUGGCACUGGGGAUGUUUUCUGGAGGUCUGCUGAUGAAGAGGCUGAAGCUGAACAUCAUGGGAGCAGCCAAGUUCGCCUUUGGCACAUCCCUUAUAGGUUACAUCCUGUCACUUUUCUUCUUCGCAAUGAGUUGUGAGAAUGCCAAGGUGGCCGGGGUGACACUUUCAUAUGACAACAUCGAAAAGAUAUCGUAUGAUAAGCACCCGCUCUUCACAGACUGCAACUCAAAGUGCGUUUGUUCAUCGAGCGACUGGGACCCAGUCUGCGGCGAGAACGGCAUCACAUAUGUUUCUCCAUGUCUGGCUGGCUGCAUCACCUCUGCUGGCUCAGGAAAAAACACAGUCUUCUCUAACUGUUCCUGUGUCGGUGUGGCUGGUAACUUUACGGCCAGUACAGGUCACUGCCCUCAAAAGGACGACUGUGACAGGAUGUUCCCAUACUUCCUGGCUCUCUCUGUCAUCACUUCCUUUAUCAUCUCUCUUGGGGGGACACCAGGAUACAUGCUUCUUAUCAGGUGCAUCAAACCACAGCUGAAAUCUUUGGCCCUGGGUUUCCACGCACUGGCAACACGGACCCUUGCAGGGAUCCCAGCACCCAUUUACUUUGGAGCCAUCAUUGACACCACAUGUCUAAAAUGGGGUCAGAAAAGGUGUGGGGGCAUAGGAGCCUGUCGAAUCUACAACACCACCGCCUACAGAAUAGCAUACCUGGGCCUGACUCUAAGCCUGCGGACUAUCUCCUUUAUUAUUUGCAUCCCGGGCUUCAUCCUGCUCAGUCGACAGCUGAAGGAGGAGGAACGAAGCGCCAUCCACGGAGCUCUGAGGAACGGUGGAACCGAACUGGAGGUGCUCAGGAAGGAAGAGUUGGUUAUUUCUAAUUCUGACCAGCCACACCACCCAUCAGAGAACAGCACAGAUAGGCAGACACGACUUUGACAGAGCCAGCAGAGCUGACGGCCGCAUAUAUACCCACAGUAUGUCCAGAGCGCCGUUGCACACAUGCACGCUCGCUCACAUGAAAACAAGAUUUGCAGGGAAUCACUUGUUGUCCAGUCAUCUCAUGUAAAACAGAAAUUCUAUAUUUGUACUGCUGGAUGUGUAAAGGCUUUGUAAAUCUGACAGAAAUUUGAUAUGACUGAAAUAUUUCUUGAAUGUACAUGCUGUUUUUCCUUUAAAGAAAAAAAAAUACAAACACGAUAUUUUUGAGUUGAAGAAAAUAUCAGUUAGGAAAUGUGACUUGUACAGACUACUGCAAAACAGUACUAUUUUAAACACCAGCAUUUCAAAAGCUGCCUCUUUAAGAUCUUUCUUUCAAAGUUAUUCCAGCUGACAGUAGUGUUACAGAACUGAAGAGGUAAAGUGGCCUUAUAAACCAGAGGCACAACAGCAAACUGAUAUAUCCUAAAAAGAAAAAUCUGGCCUUUAAAGACCUGAGAUAUUUUUUUCUCCUUUAAAUGAGUUGUAGAAUUGCUCGUUUCAGUAACACUUGGAGGAUAUUGAUAUGAUGUUUCGGUAUGUGCCUCAUUCACUCAACUGUUACCUCUUAAUGUGUGUUUCAGAGAUCUUUAAAAAACAAUUUCAUUUUACUUUUAAAUUUCAGAUCAUCGGCUCUUUACUCGUUUAGGAAAGAACGAUUGAUUUUUGCUUUUUACUUAAAGCCCAAAGUUGUGAGUGUAUAGCAGUUUGUUGUUUUUGUGCUUUCUGGAUAUGAACUUUGGGUCCGUUGAUAUUCAUAAUCACUAGAAAUGGGAAUUGUAUUUUAGUGAAAUCUGCUUCAGCAAACAGCUCUGCUUUUGUCAAACUCUAGAGCCAUGACACUUACCUCUGAGUGGUGCAAAUGUUUUAGUUUCACACACACAACUGACUAAAGCUGUUAAUAGCUGGUAUCAGAUCAAAUUUGCAUCUUAAACUUCUCAGUUGGGCUCCCCAGGCUCUGGUUGUCGUGCCUUGGAUAAGGCAGAGAUUGUAUUGUUGCAACACUGAUAAAGUACUUACUGUAAAAAAAAAAAGGAGAAGAAGAAGAAAACACUGUGUGUGAUUGUUGUUGCUGAUAUGUAAAAGUUCUGUUUCCAUCGUCAUGCGUUUCACUGGUUGGUGUUUCUACCUUUGUAUUCUUUAUGUGUGUCUUUAUGCCAAUGUCACAAUUUUAUCUCCCCUUUCUUCUCUUAAACAUUAACCCCAUUUUUGUAAAAUCUGACAGUGAUUUCUCAGUUGUAUGAAUCGAGUAUGUAGCAUUUUUUAAAUUUUAUACAACUUUUUUUUUAAAGAACUCUUUUUAUCCCAGUCUGUCACUGAAAUCCUGGACAUUAUUUUUUUAGCAUUUUCUUUCAUUGAGAGCAAAUGAUCAGAUAUCUGACUGCUUAAACUAGAGCUCUGUUCAGGGAUCUGAUGAAAUUAUCUGAGGGUACACUAGCUGCUCUGAUGUGAUGUUUUGCAAUGACUGAUGAAGUCGUGAUCUCUGGAAUGCAUUCAAAUUCAUGCCCAAAGUAUUGAUAUGGUUGAAAGUCGAGUACCGAUUAUUGAGACUCAUCGCAACACUUUUCUUUAGUGCAGCAGUGUACGAGUGUACACUGCUGCCAAUCUCUAUGAUUCAGAAAACAGUUUCCUUCGACCACCCAUUUGUGUAAUACCAGACGCCCUUAAUAUGUACAUCAGCAGAAAGACUAAAUUAGCCCAGUUAAAAAUUCAAAACGUGGUAAAGGAUUUGACAGACUUUUUAAUACAGACACACUUUCCCGGAGUGUUAUUUUCUUCGGACAGUUGCAACAGCAGUAAGUGGAUCAGACAGUUUCAGUUCAAGCCCGUAGAGACUGUUUGAUGUGAGAUUAUUUUCGAGUCUGUAGUUCUCUACUUUCAGCAAAUGAUAAAGCUUAGGGUGCAUCCUACCACUGACACUAAAGUGUAUUCAGAAGUAUUGAUAAUGCAAACCCCUCCCCCUGCCCCCCAACACACACACACACACACAAAUAAAAUACAUAAAUACAAAUAUAUAUUUAUACACAUAUGUCCCUACAUGAUUGUAUAUUUUCAUGACAAAAAGCAUCAUCUGACCUGUUAUUACAAGUGACAAAAACUUGCCUCAACAUCACAUGUUGUGGUAUUUGUCACUUUCAACGGGAGCUGUGUGUUUUAAGUAAUAUGCUGGUUUCAUAGUUUAUAAUAUUUAUAGAUAAUAUUUAUAGUAGCAUAAACUCUAUUGAAAAUGAACACUAUUUACCAUGUAGCUUUUGUAUUGCUGUUCUGCUGUGGGCUAUCAGCAUCUCAUCGCUGAUGAGAACCUGUAAUCUAAAUAUGGCUUCUGGUUUGGUAGCUUAGGGGACCUUAACUGAAAGUAUUUGCUUGAUUUGUGGAUGGAUGAAAUUUGGCAAAAUUGGGUUUUAAAAACAUGUUAAACUGCGUCCUUUAAAAACAACGUGUGGAUUGAAGGAGGAUUUCUUGCAUUGCACUGCUGUUAGGAAUAUUCUGAAGUUUCCUGCAACUUUCCACUCAAGUGCCAAAUCAGAUUUAGUCAGUCCCAUUUUUUUAUUUUUAGAUAUCAGGGUGAAGUGAUAUUGCUCCAGUAACAGAAUGUUCAGUGUGACUCAAAAAAGGCAUUCAAUUUAAUUUUGCAGUCACCAGUUUUAUUUCAAGGUCAUGAAUUCACGUUUUUCAAAGGAGCUGUGGACCCACAACACAUGUACUAUUUGGGUAAGUUGCAGCAUGAGGUGACUGUGUCAUCUUCAGGUUCAGUUUCAGGCUGACAAACUCAGAACGGUGUAGAGAAAGAAAGUCAUUAUCUCAAUAAUGUAAGGUCUUUGCUUGCAUUAAAGAAAUCAGAAUGUAAAUAAUUUUCUUGGAUUAUUUUUGUAAAAUUUCAAGGAAUAUCUUAAAUGAAAUAUUAAAAUAAAGAAUUUUAAUACCCAAUCACAUUAUGGGUUUUUUGUGAUUUGUUUCACUAGCUGGGAAAAUGAAAAAAGAAAAAAAAAUGGUUGUAGUGCAGGAGGCACACGGACCAGAAGGGAAGUGUGGUCCUGCUCCUGAAAUUCAGAUAAAUGAUUAACAGAGUUUGUGUUAAGAAGUCAAAACAAAGCGCAGGAAAAAAAUAACCUUUAUUAAAGAAAAUUCUGCUUUCUACAUCCACUGGAAAGGCACUUAAAUCUGAUUUUUACGUCCAAACAGCAGAGCGCAACAUGAACAUGUAUUUAUAUUACCGGGAAAAUGAACAAUGGUAAAUCACUAAUAAAAAGCAAACAUUUAAAUAUGUGGUGAUGACAAUCGCAGGUCCUGUUUCACAGUGACAUGGAUUUGUUUUGUUUGGAUAAUUAAAAGAUACACAAAAAAUAUAUAUAACAAAACAAAGACAAUCUUUUUUUGUGACAUAAAAUAU